CCGCUCCCUCCCUGUUCCCUCCGCGCUGCUUCCCCUCCUCCCUCCCCUCCUCCCGAGGGCUGAGCCGCGGCCGUGCGACCUCGCUGCUUGUCGCCCUGUCAGAGCCCAGGGACCGCCCGCGCUGCUGCAUGGCCGGGAAGAAGCUGAUCGUGGUGUUCGGGGCCACCGGGGCCCAGGGGGGCAGCGUGGCCCGGGCGCUGCUGGACGAUGGCACCUUCAAGGUGCGCGCCGUGACGCGGAGCCCCGGCAAGAAGGAGGCGGAGGAGCUGAGGCGGAGGGGAGCCGAGGUGGUGAAGGCAGAUCAGGACGAUGAGGCAUCGCUGGAGCGCGCCUUGGCGGGGGCCUACGGAGCCUUUAUUGUCACCGACUUCUGGGAUCACCGCAGCAAGGAGAAGGAAAUCGAGCAGGGACAGCGUCUGGCUGACCUGUCCAAGCGCCAGGGUCUGCACCACGUUGUGUUCAGUGGCCUGGAGAAUGUGCACAAGCUGACAGGGGGCAAGCUAGAGGUGCUGCACUAUGAUAGCAAAGGCGUGGUGGAGGAAUACUUCCAGAAAAUUGGGGUUCCCACCACCAUCAUCCGGCUGCCAUUCUACUUUGAGAACUUCCUCACUGCCCUCAAGCCACAGAAGAGACAGGGAGACGCCUUUGUCCUGGAGCUGCCCAUGGGGGACGCCCCAAUGGAUGCAAUGGCUGUGGAGGACCUCGGGCCCAUUGUGCUUUCCCUGCUGAAGUCCCCAGGGGAGUACAUUGGCCAAGUGAUCGGACUCAGCACAGGCAAGCUCACCGAGGCAGAGUACGCUGCCGUCCUCUCCCAGCAGACGGGCAAGAAUGUGACAGCCAGCAAGAUCACCCCUGAGGAGUGGGAGAAGCGGGACUUCCCUGGAGGCAAGCAGACUGCUAACAUGUUCCGUUUCUACGCCUUGAUGCCAGACCGCAACAACGUGGCCCUGACCAUGAAGCUCAACCCCAAGGCCCGCACCUUCCAGCAGUGGGCAGGGGACAACAAGAAUUUCCUCUGAGCCUCCCCUCCCUCCUCUUCCUCCCUGGUUGCUAGCAGCAGGUAGGGGCACCUGGCUGAGGAGGUGAGGUGCCCUGAGCCAUGCUGCCUUCCCAGUAGUGCCCCAGGGAGAGGCUGACCCUGCCCCAGCUGGAGAGAGCUUGGCCCAUGUGCUGGUCCCUGUGUGUGCUCCUGCAGCUGGUUGGGGUAUUUAGGCAGCUAGAA